UCCUAGCUUGUCAGAACGCUGAGAGCCAGUGAACAGCAGAGGUCUAACGUUAGCCCAGCCUCAGCUACUCAUUAGGACAGAGCCAUUGAAGUGAGAAGACGUUUGCUGUGAACAUUUCUGAAAGCAAAUGUUAACUUUCGGAUAGUACCGUUUGCUGGACUGUCUAGCGUUUUGGGGGCUAGCUUUCAGUUUACUUACUGGUGUUCUGCGGUGGAAAUAGGAAAAUGUCGUCUCCAAGUCCGGGUAAAAGGCGAAUGGAUACCGACGUGGUGAAACUUAUUGAGAGCAAGCAUGAAGUCACCAUCCUCAGUGGACUCAAUGAAUUUGUAGUGAAGUUUUUUGGACCACAAGGAACACCUUAUGAGGGAGGCGUAUGGAAGGUGCGAGUAGAUCUUCCUGACAAAUAUCCUUUUAAAUCACCAUCAAUAGGAUUCAUGAACAAGAUUUUUCAUCCCAACAUUGAUGAAGCGUCAGGGACAGUGUGCUUAGAUGUAAUCAACCAGACAUGGACAGCCCUUUAUGAUCUGACCAAUAUCUUUGAGUCGUUCCUGCCGCAGCUGCUGGCUUACCCAAACCCCAUCGACCCCCUGAAUGGAGACGCAGCUGCCAUGUACCUUCACCGGCCAGAGGAGUACAAGCAAAAAAUCAAAGAAUACAUCCAGAAAUAUGCAACAGAGGAGGCUCUGAAGGAGCAGGAAGAGGGGGCAGGCGACUCUUCAUCUGAAAGCUCCAUGUCGGAUUUCUCAGAAGACGAGGCCCAGGACAUGGAGUUGUAGUGAUAGGAGGGCUCCACCAUCCCGCCUCCUCGUUUAACCCCCACAGAGACUAUAUUUGAUUUCCUAACCAUGAGAAAGCAGACUUAUAAUAUUCAUAUUUAAACAAGUUGAUUUUGUAUUAUUAUUACUACUAAACAAGGAUUUUUAUGGAUAUCUAGCCUUUGGUGUGUUUGACAGACACCCCUCCCAUUCUGUAGCUGUUUCUCCCUACACAGAUGUCAACAUUGCUUUCACACUCUCUCCCUGUUAUUUACACAUUUUAAAGGUGUCAUGCGGGCGUAGACCGGAAACCUCCCCGAGAGCAUCUUAUUUCUUUACUCAAAUUUCACUUUUUAAAACAUGAACAGUCUUUAUGUUUGACCUGAAUCCCAGUUCUUUUUCUAGAAGUCUAAUUGAUUCUGACAAACAUCUUUUGUUAGUUGCCCCACUACAGAGCUGCUUAGGUCUUGCUUGCCUGAGUGACAGCUCUACAAUAUUGUCCUGUAGUCAAGAGGGUUUUUUGACAUGAACAAUCACACACAAGGUGUUCUAACACACCUUAUAUAAAAAUACUUAAAGUGUAGUGCCAAUAGACGCUUAUAAAUCAACCCUGAAUGAUGGCUUUGUUUCUCGUUUAGUUUGGAUGAUAACUUGGUAUGUUACUUAACUUAAUGUUACUCUUCGUUAACCUGCGGCAGCUGCCUGUCUACACAUGCCGCUGUGCAUGGCAAAAUAAAUGCUUAACAAGGUCAGGUCUUGGAAAACAAAUUAAUUAAAUAUGUCUUGUUACAGGGUGAAGGACAGCGUGGUGACAAAGAUGUGUUGGGUGCUUUUGGUGUUGAUUUGUUGAACGUACACUAGCUGCAUAAACCGAGUGGAAGACUCGUGCACAAAUGAAAUGAAGAAGGGAGUGGCCUUUUGUGAAGACUUUGGUCAGAGUCACUUGGUAUGAUGGAACCUGGAAACAGCCCAGAUCUACCCUUUAAAUAUCUAACCAUAUGAAUUUCAUUCAUGCAGCUCACACUAGUUUUCAGUCAGGAGGUGCAUCAAACACAUGAGCACCAAACAUUCUCAUUGUGCACAAUGCCACUGGCAUUCAAUCACCUGUCCUGCUUCAAAAAACACAUUGCUGUUAGUAUUAUUGGUCAAUAACAACUUCUUCAGAUAUAGAAAUAACGUAGUUAUCACCUAUUGUGGUGAAUUCAGAAAACCAGCACAAAUCAGUUUUUAUUUUAGUGAAAAGCAACAGAAAUGGUCAUAUGGGUAUUGAUUGGAUCUGAGUAAAAAUGAAGGGAUUUAUUGAAGAUUCGGGUUUUUGUAGUAUCGGUCCUCCUCACAUGGAGUUUGCUCCAAUGCAUGCUGUUCGUAUUGGUCUGACCUGCGGUCUGUACCCAGACUGCAUCAACCGGACCCCCACCCUUUGUCUGCCUCCCAGGACACCUAUUUGGAUCAGUAGUUUUGAAGAAGAUUACAAAAUAAGAGCUCAAUGUAUAACAUUUAGGCUUGUAGCGAAUGAGAAUUAGUUGAGAAUUAAUUUCAUAUGUAUAGGUUAGAUUUAGCCAAAAGAAAAGAAAGAUGUUACUUAUUGUUGAUUCAAUGUGGCGGGAUAACAUGUAAAUCCAUGAUACGUGGAAAGAAUACAGUGAUAAGACACCGUCCUGUGGUCUCAUGAAAACUCUGUUUAACCCAAAACAUUGGCCGAGUGUUGCUUGUCGGGGCAAACAUGGUAGUCAAACUACCUAGAAAACCCUGAGAAGUAUUCACUUUAUAGAUUGCAGUAAGAACCGCUGGUUGCUUUGUGGGAGAUUUAAGGCUAAAUCAUCCUCAGAAGGUUACCUUAUCCUCACAAAAGGAAGGGCAAAGAAGCGUUAAGUCCCCAAAACCAUUAUUCCAAAAAGCCAUGAAAGUUACAUGCAAAACCAUUGUUUUUAGUCAUCCUACUUUUAUUUUCCUCUUUCUGCAAUAUGACCUUGCACAAUUUGUGAUUUGAUAUUUAAAUUUUCACUCAGUCGCAGAAAAGGGGGGAUUGCCCAUGGCUGAGUAUUUUAGCUAAUGUAGGAUCGUUAGACUUUCCUGGCUCAGGUUUGAUAUACAGUUUGGUUGUAUCUUGCAUAGUAAUUACCAUUUUUACCCAGGACGUGUUGAAAGGAUGGGAUUCAUGCUAAUAUUUGUUGAACUGUGUUUUUGACAGGGUACUUAGUUUUGCUCGGUGUUGACUUCAACUAAACAACAUAUGCUCUAUGGCUGUAUUACAGAUAGUUAGCUAGUUUGGUAUACUUACCUGAUAAAGCAUUCAUUGUUCAUCUGAUUUUUAGUUAUUGUCUGUUGUGUGGUUAAAUGUAAGAUACUCCAUAGACUUGCCUGCUUGUCCUCUUCUUGCAGAGUUGUACGGAUGAGUGUGAGUGAUUUCAAACUAGGGUGAUGUUUGACCUGUAGUGAGCCUGAUAGAUCUAACUGUACAGAAUUCAAAAGUGGGGUUCAACCCUUUUCAAGAUGGAUUUUCUCCAAAAACACAAUCCUAUGCUCAUAAUUUCUCUCACCCAACCCGGGGAGGUUUUGAAUGUUAGCUCAGGGUUAGCUUCCAGAAGGAUGCAGCCAUUGUAACUGUCGUAGAGCUAACUUUUGUCAUAUGUCAACAUGUUCAAGGCAGUAUAAAGCUAUGUGAAUGUUUUCAGAGUGUUUGUGGUCCACAUCCACUCAAACAGAACAAACCUACAAACUGAAUGCAGAUUCCCCCACUCAUGAUUGGCUUGUUUUUUCUCCAUAAGCAGCCUAUAAAUGUUUGUUUUCCAUUAGACAUACUUUCUUUUUUUGUUUUUAAUCUUGGCCACCAAGCACGACUGUUCUAAGUUAUGGUUCAGCUUAAUUAUCACCCUGAUAAGAACUUGAUUUUUAGUUUUUUUUUUCUCUUAAAUGAUUCAGAGUGAAAUUCUUGUUUUACAUUUGUGCAGUAUUGUAUGCGAGUGCUGAAAAUACAAUAUAUCCAAGUUGAUAAUUGUAAUAAAAUGGCACAUAAUGAUGCAAUUGUGCAACAGGGGACUAAUGAUAUUCUUUUAUUUUUUCAAAACCAUGACUUUUGUGUUUGGGUAAAAUCAUAGGUUUGGUUUUUGGCAUCUGCUGGGCAAUAAACUGAUGAUAUACUCAGCCGUGGCCUGGUUUUGCUCUGGUAAACAUGACACCAUUCUGAUCUUCACUUCUUUCUUUUUUUUAACUCCACAUUUAUUCAUUCAAGGUCAAAAUAAAUAACUACUGCCUUUGUGUUUCAGGUUGUCUUUAACUCGAAUCAAGUACUAAAGAAAAUGUCCUCAGUGAAUGAUUAUGCUUCCCAUUGCAACUUGAAUUCUAAAUUAUUUUUGGAAAAAAAACAUGUUUAUUAUGCUUUUAUUUAAUUUC